AUGUUGUCGAGUGGAGGAGUUCCUGUGUUUAACCUUGCUCCUAAUCUAACCGUUUCAAGACUGUGUUUGGGAACAAUGACAUUUGGGGAACAGAACACGUUGAUUGAGUCGUUUCAUCUUCUCGAUGAAGCUUUUCGUGCUGGAAUCAACUUCUUCGACUCCGCUGAAAUGUAUCCAGUGCCUCAACGUGCUGAGACUUGUGGAUUGAGUGAGGAGUAUCUUGGCCGUUGGAUUAAACACCGAAAUAUCCCCAGGGACCGUCUCGUUAUUGCAACUAAGGUUGCUGGGCCAUCUGGACAGAUGACUUGGAUUAGAGAUGGUCCCAAAUCUUUGAAUGCCACCAAUAUCAUUCAAGCUAUAGAUAAUAGUCUGUUGAGGAUGCAAUUGGAUUAUAUUGAUCUUUAUCAAAUUCAUUGGCCUGAUCGUUAUGUUCCAAUGUUUGGAGAAACCGAAUACGAUCCAGAUCGACAAUACUCUUCAAUUAGUAUAGAUGAACAACUUGAAGCUCUUAGCAAAGCGGUGAAAGCUGGGAAGAUCAGAUACAUUGGACUUAGUAAUGAGACACCAUAUGGCUUGAUGAAGUUUAUUCAGGUUGCACAAAAAUUCGAUUCCUACCUAAAGAUAGUUUCUUUGCAGAAUUCCUAUAGCCUGCUUUGUCGAACUUUUGAUUCUGCAAUGGCUGAAUGCUGCCAUCACGAGAGUAUUGGCUUGUUGGCGUACAGUCCUCUGGCAAUGGGUAUUCUUUCAGGCAAAUAUCUUUCCCCUGGUAAUGGUCCUCCAGAUGCUAGGUUAAAUCUCUUUAAAGGAAAGUAUUCAGAAGGAGAAUCCAGAUACAGCUUAUCCAAUAAAGCUAUACAUGCAGCUACUAGGGAAUACCUUGAUGUUGCAAAAACAUAUGGUCUUCAUCCUGUAUCUCUUGCUAUAGCUUUUGUUUUGCGACACCCUCUUGUUGCUAGUGUUGUUUUUGGGGCUACCAGAUCAUGGCAGCUCCAGGAGGUUCUAAAUGCAUGCAAGAUCAAGCUCACGUCUGAAGUCAUUGAAGAAAUUAACAAGAUUCAUUCAAGGUUUCCAAAUCCAUGUCCCUGA